AUGCCGAGGAUUGGCAGUGGCCCAGCUCGGUGGUGCCCCCUCCCGUCGGCAUCAUCAGGUGAGCCGACGUGCGAGCGCAGUCACCAAGUGUCGCCUUCCCGCGUCUCCGCCAUCGUGCCUGGCCCGAGCUUCGCCGCACUGCCUUCUCAACAGUCGGUCGGCCCCAGUUGGGCUCCUCCAUCUGCUGAGCCAUAUCCUUUGGCAGCCUGGCCCAUUCACUCCGAGCCCCGCUUUGGAUCACGCAACAACCAUCACACCGACAACAAUGGCGGUGCAUUCAGCCUGCUGGAUUGCCACCACGAUCUUCCGCACCUGCCGUCAUCGAGUGUCCGACCCUGGACAAACUACGUCGCCGACAGCGAAUCAGCAGCAACCUUUGGCGCUCUAUGCCCACCGAGCUUGACCCCUGCAACGAGCUUGGCCUCUGCAAGCCGACCCGCCAACAUGCCUCGAGCCUUCGCCUCAGAUCUGCGGGCCAUUGACCGCCCUCUCCCGGCCGAGGAGGCGACGCAACUCCUAGAGGUCGAUGUUGCGGACUCAGACCUGUGGCAGUCGCUCGGAGCAGAUCACCAGUACCUUUUCGGCCAAGGCCUCAUCAACCCUCGCCAUAUCCAGCGAGAUGCUGAACGGUCGACUGACCCCUUGGCCGCCCCUAGCGAAGCUGAAUGGCCAUCGUCGCCCUACGACUCCAUGCCUUCUUUGAGAUUGUGGCAGGACGCGACUUUUUUCAAGGCACAGCACCUUGCCCAUCAGGCGGGACCGGACACGUACCAUGCGGCAAGUGAAAGUAUCGGGCUCAGUGUGGAGCCGGGCGCCCAGCACGAUAGUCUCGGCUCCUCAAGCGCGACUCGGCAGGCUCUCAUUUGGCCUCGUGAGGCCGAACGAUCUUCUGAGCCACCUCAUUCCCGUCCAACGACCUUCGAGCGGCUCCUCGAUCGAUCAAGCUCCGCUGGCAACAACUUCGCCGGCUCAGAGCAAGUCUCGCACAGCCAGUCUCGAUUUCAAGUCCCGUCUGUCAAGGAUGAGCACAUCGACGAGCUCGGGCAAAAAUCCGAAGGAGCGAUCAUGCGCCCCAGGACCACAAGCCCCCGCCCGAGAGGUAUCGUGGGAUCUAUCGAGGAUCGCUCGCCUGAGGCCCUCAAAGGCUGCGGCCAAAGCAGCGCCGUACCAGGCGCAGGGGCAAGUUCGGAGAAGUCCUCGAGAAAGAGAAAGGCCAAGAAGGGUCGAAAAGGCGGCGUCAAGCGCAAGAAUAUCGCGCAAAGCUCGCGACAUGGUGAGGGUUCUUUCAACACUGCACCUGGUGAAAUGAGCUCGCGCGCCGUUCGAGAUCAUACAUCCUCGCCGCAGAGGAGGGUGUACAUGACGCGCCUCCGUCGAUCCCAGGUUCUGCAGCCCGAGGCGACGUCGGAGAGCGAGAUGGAGUCGGCCGCCGCGAUUCUUGCCGGCCUAUCGCACACCGCAUCGAGCCGCAAGAGGCCUCGAGCCGUUCCGCAAACGUGCAGCGCGCAGAGGGCCGUUGGCGGUGCAUCUCACCAACACGCCGCUAGUCCCGCUCCGGACGGAAUUGGUAGCUCGACUCUUCAAUACGAGCUCUCGCCGGGAGGAAGCCCGGGGACCGCCGAGCGUACCGAGAUGGAAUCGCUCUCCAGGACAGAGGAUGUCGGCACCAGUGAGAGACACAGCGCCACGCUCCUUAGUCAGACAACAAUCAUCCCCAGCUCCGGCACCGACGCAAACGCAAUCAGACGCUUUCCGCCAGGCUUCCCCAUCCGCGAAGGCUUCUUCCGAUUUUACCAGCGCUACAAGAUUUCGUCGUCUCUGCCAGACGACUGCAGAGAAGAAGUGCUGCUUGACGCUCACGAUCAGCAAGAUCUACAAGAGGCCUUGCGCAGGUCGCAAGAGCGGCUUGGCACCUACAAUGAGCCCCGAAGCCUGAUGGACCUUUACACGCCGCGUUUCUGCAGAGGAGUAGGGAUGACUAAGGAAGGAACUGCUCGGGCCGCUGACAUGUUGCAGUCGCCUUCGCACUUCAGCUUCGAAGAAGGAACCGUCAAGUUUCUCAAGACGAAAAUUUCCGCCUACAAUUACCACCUGCAGUACACUCACGGCAUCUCUGCGGUGACAGGACUGCCCUUCACCCCACCCGUCGCUUUCAAGACGUGUGCGCGGCCCAAGGCUGCCGUGAGCGAGAAAACGGAGAUCCUCCGAGGCAAAUGCCACGUGUGCAAGAAGUACGUCGAAGUCGAGGGAGUCAAGCUCGGGAGCGUCAAAGUACCGGAGAUCUACUGGUGGUGGGUGCCCUGA